AUGGCCGGUCCAGGUGGUGGCCCUCCCCGCAAGAGCCAUACCAAGUCGAGGAAUGGAUGCAAGACGUGCAAGCGAAGACACAUUCGCUGUGAUGAGACCUUCCCACAAUGUCGCAAUUGCACCAAGCACAACUGUCGCUGUGACUAUCAAGAUGUAGCCGCGGCACGAGGCAGUCCUCCCGCCUCACGGCGCGGCCCAGAUCUUCUUAUGUCUCCCGAAAUCGAAAUGGAGAUUGAAAAUUGGCACAGGACUGGUCUCACGCCAUAUCCAGAGCUUGCUGGAUGCCCUCCUUCUGGCUGGUCUGGUCUGUCUCGAUCAGAUUUGCGCCUGGUUCACCACCUCAUCGGGCUUUCCAUCGACUUACAUCGACGAGGCCUCAGUAAUUGCACAGUGUGGGCGCAGAUGUUGCCUAGUUUCCUGGGUGUUGCGCUGUCAAACGAUUUCGUCAUGAGCGCCCUUCUUUCCCUCUCUGCCUACCAUCUUGCCUAUCUCACGCGAGAUCCCGAAACCAAGCAGCUCGCACUGCACCACAAAGCAGCUGCUUUCAAGGGUCUUCGGACCGCGCUCGGUUAUGCUAUCACCUCUCCUUCCAAGGAUAACGCAGAGGCCAUUGUUUCAGCCCAUGUCUUGCUUUCCUGGCAAGCAACCGAAUAUCAAAGCUGGGUCUCGUUGCAGCAGGGCCUUUCCUCCAUCCUCGAGACUAUGUAUCCAGUCUGGAAGCAGGAGUCAGAGAUUGUACAGUUUGUCGAGAACCAGCGCGCUUUGAGCGCUUCGGAUUUCCCAGUUUCAUUUGACGAGGAUCUGGCACAGCUAGAUCAGACCAUCCAUGCGCUACAGGUUUCCCAGAAGCGAGUCUCACACAACGCAGAGCACUCCCAACGCUUGGGAGAGCUGAUCGACUUUGUACAGAAGUUCCGCAAGGACUUCCCCACGCAGACCCCCGAGCAAGCCUUCGACCGUAUCCAGAUUCUGCGACAAUGGCUCUUCUGGUUACCCCCUUCUCUCCUCCGAAAUGGCGAAUCCGAACUGAACGCCCUCUCUGUCUUGUCUCAAUUCUUCGCCGUUGCAGUCGCUCUCGACCGCUUCUACCCUGAUAUGGGUGGCUCGUACUUGGGAGCUCUAUCUGUUGGAAUCAUCGAGGAAUCAUAUCGCAUUCUCGCCGCACACAACGCUACAGAUCCAUUCAACGCGGAAAUUCGUCUCACUAUGACAUUGAUGGAUUUGCCUCGCCACUGCGUUGCACGAUAUCGCAGCCGUCUGGCCUGGUCUCCACGGCCCUCGGUCGAGCAUUACUCUCCUGGCCCACCAAGUCCCUACCACGGGCUGCACGAAUACUCUCUCCCUUCAUCAUCCUCUCCCGCAUCCGCCUCCCCUUCAUACGCCGCCUACACACCUCCUCUCCAGUCUCCUCCGGCCGUGACAGUCGCCGGAUCUCCCUUCACCCUUGCAGACGGCUACGUUACCGCUGCACCUACUCACACCCUCUAUCCGCCAUCGCCACAACUUCUCGAUGCCCACGAUCCACAGCUAGGCCUGUCGGAGCUAAGCCACUCCAGCUCGAUCUCACAUUCCUCGGCUUUCACACCCCCUUAUGGUGGCGACGUUCUCUGCGCUGAUAUGCCUCGAAAUGAAGGGGCAUUGGGCCUGAACAUGGAAGUUUACCCCCAUUCGCAUGCAUUUGAGAUGCCCGCGAUGGUUGCACCGGAGACUUGCUGGACGUGA